CACUCGCGGUCUUGCCUUUGGGGCGAGCCCGGUGCCCGCCGAGCCGGGGAGCUGCGGCGGCAGCAUCGCCCCUCGCCGGGCGGCCCGGGACGGGACGGGAGGCUCAGACACGUCCGCACCUCAAGGCCCCUGACCCUCCCCGGCGCCCCACACGCCCCUGGGGGAGUUUGCUCACAGCCAGAGCGGCGAUGCUGUGCAUCCUCCGGCAGCGAGGCUUCCCCCGAGCAGCCCGCGGCUCGCUUUGCCUCUCCUGCCCCAGCGCUCCGGAGCAGCCCGGCUUCUCCAGACGGAGCUGGAGCGGGGGCUGCGGGAGGAUGAGGAAGGCAGGGAUGGGCCAGCCCAGCCCGCCCUGGUCUCCGGCGGAGCGCUGUGCCCGCGGUGCUCCCAGCGAGCUGCCGGCCCUGUCCGUGCAGGUGCGGUGUCCGUGCCUCUGGCGAAGGAAGGGAAGGAGGGGUAAAGGAGGGGAGGGACGGACAGGGAGGACGGUGAUUGACAGCUCAAGUGGGCGCCGCUCCACUCACAUAUCCGCCGCCAAAGUUUUCUUUCACGCGGAGGGAACUUUCUGUUGCCAUGAAACUCCGGGGAUUCACAAGCGCCGUCCCCUCUACCCCCCCCUCCCCUCUUUUGGGGCAGCCGAGUGGAAAAGCCCAAGUGGCAGCGGGGCUGGUGCAGGUGGGGAUGGCCGAGAGUGCCCGGCCGGCAGCCACCAUCCCAACCCCGCGGGCAGCCCCUCUCCCGGCCACGGCCGUGCCCGAUCCGAGCACGGCAAUACAGAUUCUCCCCCGGGCGACAGCUCAGGAGUGCAAGAGUUUAGCCCGUCCAUCCUUCCCCCUUUAUCCGCUCCGGUGCGGUGAGGUGCGGGCUCACUGGGUCUGCGGGCAGCCUUCCCGAGCCUGGCCCGGCACCGUGCAUCCUCCCGGGAUCCCCAAACCCCUUUGUGCCCGGCAGCCGCGCAGCUCCAGCUCGCAGCGCUGCGCUCCGCCCCGCUCCUCCUCCCGCGGCCCCCCGAGGGCAGCCCCGGCCCAGCCGCAGCUGCGGAGCCGCUCUGCCCGGGGGCAGGUGCGGGCCCGGGGCUGUGGAUGCGGCGGGAGGGGCGCGGCCCCGCGGUAUCCCAUUCCCGGCCCGGCACGGCUCGGCUCGGCUCGGUCCGCCCCCGGCCGGUCCGUUCCCGGCGCGGGGCUGUCGGGAGCCGCUCGCUGAUUGGCCGCCGCCCCCUCAUUUAUAGCCCGUCAAUCACGGACCCCCCGAGCCGAGCGCGCAUCGCCCGCAGCCGCCCGCGGGAGCCGCUCCGCACAGCGCAGCUCCGGCACCUCGGGGAGCGGCGCUUCUGCCAGCACCUAAACUUCCUCCUUCCCUCGUGGCAGCCGCCCAGACAGGUUCUUUUUCUUCUUUUUUUUUUUGGUUUGUUUGUUUCUUUUUCUUUUUUUUUUUUGAACUUCCUCUCCUCGCUCGGUGCCCGCCUGCCCGCCGCCCUGGCGCACCUUUUACCGGCCCCGGCCAUGUACAGCAUGCUGGAGACGGAGAUCAAGGCGCCGCAGCCCACGCCGGGCAGCACCGGGGGCAACCCCGCUCCGGGGAGCACCGGCAAAGGCGGCGGAGGCGGCGGGGCCGGCAGCGGAGCGGGAGCGGGCUCGGACCAGGACCGGGUGAAGCGCCCCAUGAACGCCUUCAUGGUGUGGUCGCGCGGGCAGCGGCGGAAGAUGGCCCAGGAGAACCCCAAGAUGCACAACUCGGAGAUCAGCAAGCGCCUCGGCGCCGACUGGAAGCUGCUGAGCGACGCCGAGAAGCGGCCCUUCAUCGACGAGGCCAAGCGGCUGCGGGCCGUGCACAUGAAGGAGUAUCCGGAUUACAAAUACCGGCCCCGGAGAAAGACCAAGACCUUGCUGAAGAAGGACAAAUACUCGCUGCCCGGUAACCUGCUGGCCCCGGGCGGGGGCAGCGCGGUGAGCAGCCCCGUCGGGGUGGGGCAGAGGAUUGACACUUAUGCCCACAUGAACGGCUGGACCAACGGGGCUUACUCGCUGAUGCAAGACCAGCUGGGCUACAGCCAGCACCCGGGCAUGAACAGCCCGCAGCUGCAGCAGAUGCACCGCUACGACAUGACGGGCCUGCAGUACAGCCCCAUGAUGUCCACGGCCCAGACCUACAUGAACGCCGCCUCUACCUACAGCAUGUCCCCCGCCGCCUACGGCCAGCAGCCCUCCACGGCCAUGAGCCUGGGCUCCAUGGGCUCCGUGGUGAAAUCCGAGCCCAGCUCGCCGCCUCCGGCCAUCACUUCCCACUCGCAGAGGGCCUGCCUGGGAGACCUGCGGGAUAUGAUCAGCAUGUACCUGCCCCCCGGCGGGGAUGCCACAGACCCUUCGGCCCUGCAGGGCAGCAGGUUACACAGCGUGCACCAGCACUACCAGAGUGCCGGGACUGCCGUCAAUGGUACCGUACCACUAACUCACAUAUAAACUUGGCUGCGCCGGACGGCUCGCCGUCCUCAUCCCUAACCCCACCACCGCUCCCUGACUGCACCGGGACGUUCGGCAGUGUUGCUCCGCUUAGCAGACUUAAUACUAACUCCGGAGAAAUUUUAAAAAGGAAAUCCGUUAGUUGUGUCCUUUUUUUUUUCUUUUUUCUUUUUUUUUUUUUCAAGAAAUAUUUGAGCACGUUGUUAUUUUAAUAGAGCACAACUCCUGCCUCCUAGAAGCCGCUGUGAAGUUUUCAAACCACGGCAACUCCUUUCCUGGUUUCGGCUAGGUUGGGCACUGUUUUGUUGGCUUAAAAGUUUUUUUAAAAAAUCUUGCAUCUUCCAGUUUGAUUUCUAGCGUUGCAAUGACAUAAAAACCGCGGGCAUUUGUUUUUAAACUUGGUUGUUCACAUAAUCGCUGUGGUUUAUUAAGUGUUUUGUUAUCGACCCUCGCUUGGUUUCCAUCCGCAAUCUGUAGCUUCCACGACUUUUGAAUUUUGGGAUUUUAUUCCUUGAAAAGGGGGAGGUGGGAGAGAGCAGAGCUGUGCGGGUCGCAAACGCGUUUCUUUUUAUUUAUAGUAAGUUGUAUGUCUUGGUUUUUCUUAAGCUGUAAACUUAUGUAAAUGGGUUUGUGAAUUUUACUGUGAAACAUGUUUUUGACAUAUCGGAUAAAAACGUUUUAGUUUUGUUACCGGAUUCCUUCCAAAAAAAAAAAACCCAAAAAAAACACCCCUCAUCGAAACACUCUUCCCUGUUCCUAUUCCUCGUUUGCUUCCUUCUUCCGAACGAAGAGAGAUCAAUAAAUUUUCUAUCAGGCA